GGGCGGGGGCGCAGUCCCGGGUCCGACCGGCCGAGCCCCGCGCGCCCCGCCCGCGCCCUGAGCCUCCGCCCGGCCGGCCGGCGGGGGAGGGGGCAUGAGCCGGCACCCGCGCGCCGCCCGGAGCUGCGGGCCGGCCUAGAGCCCCGCGCGGGCCCCGCGCCGGAGCCAAGCCGCCGCCGCCGCAGCCAAACCGCGGGCGCAGCCGUGGGCGCCGCGAUGCAGCGGCAGGGGGAGCCGGGCGCCGCGCGCUUCGGCCCGCCCGAGGGCUGCGCGGACCACCGGUCGCACCGCUAUCGCAGCUUCAUGAUUGAGGAGAUCCUUACGGAGCCGCCGGGGCCCAAGGGCGCCGCGCCUGCUGCCGCCGCCGCUGCGGCGGGGGAGCUGCUGAAGUUCGGCGUGCAGGCGCUGCUGGCGGCGCGGCCCUUCCACAGCCACCUGGCCGUACUGAAGGCCGAGCAGGCGGCUGUGUUCAAGUUCCCACUGGCGCCGCUGGGCUGUUCCGGGCUGAGCUCUGCACUGCUGGCGGCCGGGCCUGGGCUGCCCUGCGCCGGGGGUGCGCCACACCUGCCGCUUGAGUUGCAACUCCGCGGGAAGCUAGAGGCGUCAGGCCCUGGGGAGCCAGGCACCAAGGCCAAGAAGGGGCGUCGCAGCCGCACUGUGUUCACGGAGCUGCAACUGAUGGGCCUUGAGAAACGCUUCGAGAAGCAGAAGUACCUUUCCACGCCGGACAGAAUAGAUCUUGCUGAGUCCCUGGGCCUGAGCCAGUUGCAGGUGAAGACCUGGUACCAGAAUCGGAGGAUGAAGUGGAAGAAAAUAGUGCUGCAGGGCGGCGGCCUGGAGUCUCCUACCAAGCCCAAGGGGCGGCCCAAGAAGAACUCGAUUCCAACCAGCGAGCAGCUCACUGAGCAGGAGCGCGCCAAGGAUGCAGAGAAACUGGCGGAGGUGCCUGGCGAGCCCAGCGACCAAAGCCGCGAGGACUAAGGGCGGUAUAUGGUACGGGGCCGGGGAUGCCCAGGCCGCCCGCAGCCCCUUCACCCGGCGGAAACCCGCUAGCCGUCCCUUCCGCGUCCAAGACGUUUACUUCCUAAACGUUUUUAUUAUGAUCUUGAAUGCGGACAACUGGGGCCAAACGAGGAAGGACACAGAACCUAAAGCCAGACCCAGGUCCCAGCGCGCUUCUGGGCCCUAACUUGGGAGACUCGCGUCCAGUGCAGCGGAAGCUACUAGUCGCUGCCCUGAGCUCCGUGGCGCAGAGCGCUCCACGCGCAUUCACGCCCGGCUCCUCGCCUGCACCCCCACCCUGUCUGGGGCCUGCCCUCCCGGCCACAGAGCCUCCAGGCACACACCCGUUUCUGGACGUCGGCGACCCAGCGGUUGGGCUCAGGCCUCUACGGCCUGAGAUUGCUCCUCCCCACCACUCCACCCUCGGGCAACCAGUCGGCUCGGCCUGGAGGCCGGGUCCCCGAAGUCUCUGGGGCCCCUACCCCUUCUUGCGAAGAUGGUGACUUUUUUUCCAAUAAAAUAUUUUAUGACACAAUCGGG